GAGAGAGAGAAACAAGUCCUCCAUCACUUGGCCUCUAGAGAAGGGAUGGGCGUGCUUCUAAUGCCGCCCCCCCUUUCCUCCUUCAGUUAUAAGUGGAGCCUGAUCCCAUACACUGGCAUUUCCUGCUACCCUCCUGUCACCUGAGCCUGCUCCAGCGCCAGAAACUGCAGAAGCAGUCUGAUCCCUAGCACCCAAGUCCCAUUCCCGACCCCCUAGACCUUGAUCCAGGUCAGUGUGACCCUGAUUAGACAGAUCCUAGCUGUACUCCUUACUGGAUCCAAGCUGGCUCCAGGAGAGGCUCCCUGCUAAUUCCAGCCCUCCCUAGGAGAGACCCUUGGCUAAUUCCAGGUUGGAAUUCUGUCAAAACCGGGCGGCUCCUAACCUUAUCUUCUGCAAACCCCAGGAAGCCCUCAGCCUCAUCCCCCUAACUACUACGGUCUGGUCCCAAGCUCACCUCCCGGGGCUCCCGGGACUCCCUUAUCUUAGCCUCACCCCGCUCCCCACCCCGGCCGGUUCCUAAGAGCAUCCCUUGCAGAGGCCAGGAAAGCCCCUAACUUCAUCCUCUGUGCACCCAAGGCAGCUCCCGGGGCACCCUUUACCGACCCAGGGAAUCCGCGGGCUUUACUCUCUGCGGCUGCGGCAGCCCCAUCUGCGUCCAAGUCCUGAGUUCGGCUCCCCCAGGCUUUGGGGGAGGAGGAGUAGACGCCCUGGCGCGUCCCUUAGGCAGGACCGGGCUAGGGCCCUCGGUCGUUUCGGGUGUGCCCUGGACGCCGCUAUUGCUGCUGAUGCUCCUGCUACGGAGCUCGCCGGCGGGUGCCUGGUACAAACACGUGGCGAGCCCCCGCUAUCACACAGUGGGCCGGGCUUCGGGGCUGCUCAUGGGCCUCCGACGCUCGCCUUACCUGUGGCGCCGCACAGUGGAAUCGAGCCCGGGCCAUGGAAACAGAGACGUGGACCGGGAACUCUCUGCUGGAACCGAUCACCUUCCUGCCUGGACCAAGCUCUUGGCAGCGGUCCGGGGAAAUCCCAGGGAGGCACCGCGCAGGGGUCGCAGGGAGCUGCGAGGAGGAGGACGCUGGACCGGCAACAUGGGUUCGAGCCCGCCAGUCGAGUCUUCAGAGAGAAGAUAUUAUCUGUGCCCUCCAUGGACUGGGGCAUUCCAAAGCCUCCAGACCUCUUCCUGACCCCAGCUUUGAAGGUCUCCAGAUCCCAGCCCUUAUAUGUCAGCUGUAUUGUGGCCUGUUGUGGGGUAAAGAAAGGUUGAGGAGUUAGAAGCUGAACGGAACCCUCAGGGACAAUGACUCAACCCUUACUGUGGUCUCCAGUUAUAUUUCCCUCCCUUUCUCCUUUUCCUCCAUAGUCAUUGUUUUUUGUUGGCCUUUGUGUACCUUCCCAGUCUUACUGUAGGAAUUUGCUUUCAUUAAAAAUGACAGUUUAAACGGCA